UUUGUACUACGUUUUGCCUCCCACCUCCAUGAAACCCUAGGUCGUCAGACAAUGGACAACCACGACGCUCCCAAGCGCAAGCGCGGCCGCAAGCCGAAGCCGCCGGCCGCCGCCGCCGCCCCCGACAACGGCACCCACGACUCCGCCCCCUCGCCCAAGCCCAAGCGCGGCCGCAAGCCCAAGCCGCCGCCCGCCGCCUCCCCUGACAACGACCACCCCUCGUCCCCCCUCGCCGCCGCCGCCGACACCCCGGAGCCAGGUUCCUCCUCCGGAACCCGCGGCCACCGCAAGUCCCGACGCGGCCGCCACGAGCUCCCGUCAGAUGCCGACGCCGCCCUCCGCGCCCCCCCAUCCCGCGCGCCCAAGGGGGCGGCCAACAUGAAGGUGGAGGUCCCGGCGGUGGAGCCGUUGCGGUGGGAGCAGGUGGCGAAGGUGAUGCCGUCCAUGGACGCCGUGGUAAAGGUUUUCUGCGUGCACACGGAGCCGAACUUCUCAAUGCCAUGGCAGCGCAAGAGGCAGUACAGCUCCAGCAGCAGCGGCUUCAUCAUUGGGGGCCGCAGGGUGCUCACCAACGCCCAUUCCGUCGAGCACUACACCCAAGUCAAGCUCAAGAAGCGCGGCUCAGACACCAAGUACCUCGCCACCGUCCUUGCCAUCGGCAACGAAUGCGACAUUGCAAUGUUAACCGUUGAUGACGAUGAAUUCUGGAAAGGAGUUCUGCCGCUGGAGUUUGGAUUGCUGCCAGCACUUCAGGAUGCUGUCACUGUUGUUGGUUACCCUAUUGGAGGAGAUACAAUUUCUGUGACAAGUGGUGUAGUAUCUAGGAUAGAAAUACUCUCAUAUGUUCAUGGUUCUACAGAACUUCUUGGACUACAGAUAGAUGCAGCUAUAAAUUCAGGAAACUCUGGCGGCCCUGCUUUUAAUGAUCAGGGAAAAUGCGUUGGUAUAGCUUUUCAAUCUCUUAAACACGAAGAUGCAGAAAACAUAGGUUAUGUUAUACCCACCCCGGUUAUUAAGCACUUCAUUCAAGACUAUGAGAAAUCUGGAGAGUACACAGGUUUCCCUAUACUUGGGAUAGAAUGGCAGAAAAUGGAAAAUCCUGAUCUCCGUAAGGCAAUGGGAAUGAAAUCUGACCAAAAGGGUGUUCGUAUCAGAAGAAUUGAACCAACUGCUCCUGAAUCUGGAUGCAUGCAACCUUCUGAUAUUAUUCUUAGCUUUGAUGGUAUUGACAUCGCCAACGAUGGCACAGUUCCAUUCAGGCAUGGAGAGCGCAUUGGCUUCAGUUACCUAGUUUCACAGAAGUAUACUGGUGAGAAGGCACGUGUCAAAGUUCUCCGGAGUUCAAAAAUUCAUGAAUUCAACAUAAAGCUAUCAAUCCACAAAAAGCUCAUUCCAGCUCAUAUAAAGGGCAGGCCACCGUCAUACUACAUUGUUGCAGGCUUUGUUUUUAUGGUCGUAUCUGUUCCAUAUCUUCGAUCCGAGUAUGGAAAAGAUUACGAAUUUGAUGCCCCCGUCAAGUUGUUGGACAAGCAUUUACAUGCAAUGGCGCAAUCACCUGAUGAGCAGCUUGUGGUGGUCUCACAGGUGCUUGUGGCAGAUAUCAAUAUUGGUUAUGAAGAACUUGUCAAUACUCAGGUGCGUGCGUUCAAUGGGAAACCAGUAAAUAAUUUGAAGCAGCUGGCGACCAUGGUGGAAGAUUGCAAUGAGGAGUUCUUAAAAUUUGACAUGGAUUACGACCAGGUUGUCGUUCUCGAGACGAAAACAGCUAGGGCUGCUACUCAGGACAUUCUAACAACACACUGCAUACCUUCAGCGAUGUCAGAUGACCUGAAGGCCUGAGUAAAAGCACGGUGGUUGCCGAUACAAUCCCAGUUGGCACACAAUCCCGGUUGGCUUAUACAAUGCCAAGUGCACGAGAAACCCCUCUGCAGCAAUGAGUGCUGCUGAAGUUUUGGACGUGGAAGAGCAUUAUGGUUCAGCAAAAAAGGCGAAUGGUGGCCAACAUCGCUCGCAUCCUCACUGGCUAAGGUUGAAAAUGCACGCGGCACCGAGCAACCGAGAAACCUGUAGAAUAGCAGCAAUCGAAGUUUUGUUCUCAUUUGAUUUAUUGAAUGAAUACCUGGAAACUCGUUGCAUUUGCGUACCCGUAUCCGUAUCGUCAUGUUUGCCGUGAUGUAUUCACUUUAAACCUCUGCAAUCUUUUACUCAGCUAGCGAUACUUUUUUAUCGUACCAAUUAUUUGCUUUUCUGGA